CGCAUUCUGGACUGCAACCUCACCCAUCACUACCACGAUGCACAAGCUUGCGUGCAAACUGACAACUGCGCCGCCACUGUUUCCAACUGUGCAACGUCGCGUCGUUGUGACUGGCCUUGGCCUCGUCACUCCGCUCGGCGUUGGCGUUGCAAACACUUGGAAGCGACUCGUUGCUGGCGACUGCGCAGUCGACCGCAUUCGCAACGCUGAUGCAUACAGUGGACUGCCGACGUCGAUCGCUGCACAGGUGCCGCGCGGCGAGGCGGGCGUUGCGGCCGGGCUGUUCAACCCGAGCGAGUGGCUCGAGCCGGGCGAUUCCAAGCGCAUGCCCGACUUUAUCCAGUUCGCCAUGGCCGCCGCCUCGCAGGCGCUGGACGAUGCAGGAUGGCACCCAAAGACCGACGCCGAGCAGCGCGAAACGGGCGUCGCGAUCGGAUGUGGCAUGGUCAGCAUGGACGACAUGGCCACAGCCUCGGCGCUCUUCGCUCCGCCGACAACAAGCGCUCCAGCUGCUGCUGCUGCUGCUGCUGCUGCUGUUGUAGCACAAACUGAUGCUGGAACAUCAUUCGAUAAUCGUCCGGGCUACCGCAAACUGAGUCCGUUCUUUGUGCCGCGAAUUCUGGUCAAUAUGGCGUCGGGACACGUCUCGAUCCGUCACGGCUUGCGGGGCGUCAACCACUCCGUAUCGACUGCGUGUGCCACUGGAGCGCAUGCAAUCGGCGAUGCCUUCCGGUUUAUCCGGAACGGCGAUGCAGAAGUGAUGGUCGCCGGAGGUACCGAGGCCUGCAUCACACCACUGUCGGUGGCCGGGUUUUGCAAAGUGAAAGCCCUUUCGACGGCCUUCAAUGAUUCUCCGAAACUCGCCUCCCGUCCUUUCGACGAACGCCGCGACGGCUUUGUGAUUGGAGAAGGCUCGGGCGUUCUUGUUUUGGAGGAAUACGAGCAUGCCAAACGCCGCGGCGCAACCAUUUACGCCGAAAUUCGUGGCUACGGACUUUCCGGAGACGCCUUCCACAUGACUGCACCUUCUGAGGAUGGACGCGGUGCAAUCCAUUGCAUGGAGUCUGCAAUCCGACAAGCUGGACUGACCCCCGCGGAUGUCGACUAUGUGAAUGCGCAUGCGACAUCUACUCCACUAGGCGACGCUGUCGAAAACCGAGCCAUCAAGACCGUGUUUGGAGCGCACGCAACAUCGCUUGCCAUCUCGUCCACAAAGGGAGCCAUCGGCCAUCUUCUCGGUGCGGCGGGAGCGGUGGAAGCCAUCUUCUCCGUGCUGGCCAUCUCUGAGAAAAUGGUGCCCCCGACGGCCAAUUUGGAGAGCCAAUCCACCGAAUUUACUCUCGACUAUACACCCAAAGUCGCCAAGCCUCGAGUAAUUCGUGCGGCUCUAUCCAACUCGUUCGGUUUUGGCGGUACAAACGCGAGUUUGUGUUUUGGAUCCAUUGCCUGAAGGAACAACAUGACAGUAUUGUUUUUUAAUGCAAGAGCGAUUGGGA